AUGGGCUCUGCGGAUCAAGAUAAGCCCGGCUCGACUCCGGCCGCGACACUGGAGCACUUCCAGUCAAUACCAUGGUGCCGACCACACCUGGCAGACCCAACGUUCCGGCGCGUCAGCAUGUCUCGCACCCUGACACAGCCGGGCCACGGCCACUCAUUGAUGGCUGAGACGUGGAACACGGACAAGACCAUCACGCAUCUGCUUUCGAUGUACCGGCCACCUGGGCCAGAAGGGGAGAGCGCCAACGGGCAGACAACGGCGAUGAGGGGUGAGGUGAAGCGCUUCUACACCUUCGGCAUAGGCAUGAAUGCGCACCCAGCGACACUGCACGGCGGGGUCAUCGCCACCGUGCUGGACAGCACCAUGGGCAACGUCAUCGGACAGCAACUCCGUCAUGGCAGCGCGCCGACAUUCACCGUGGCGCUGAACAUCUCGUACAAAAAACCCGUCGCCACGCCCGGGACCGUCAUGGCCAGGGCGUGGAUCACCAAAGUCGACGGCGACAGGAAAAUCUGGGUCCAUGGCGUCGUCGAGGAUGGUCGGGGAAAUGUCCAUGCUGAGGCGGACGGUAUGUGGUUGAGGGCCAAGGCGAAGCUGUAG